AUGAGUCUGGACAAAGUUGACGAAGAGCACUACGAGGAUGACGAGGACUUCGAGGAGGAGGAAAUCGAUAUCGAGGAGGAGGAGGAGGAGGAGGAGGAUGAGAAGGUCGCCGAGGACGAGGACAGGCGACAGGGCAUGCGGGCCCGCGCGUUACCCGCGGAUGGUGACCCCGAUUUCGACUCUGGCCCUCCCGUCGAUGGAUUCGAGUACCUUCGCAGGGUGCGGCACGAGGCAAAAAACGUCCCGGACGUGAUGGUAUCUCCAACUAUCGAUCCGCGGGCGUUCGAUCACAAACAAACGCGUGGCUACGUGCCGGAGCUCGGCGGUUACGUGCCGCCGAAAUGCCCGGACUGUGCCAGGCCGGAUAAGGAUUGGCAACGGGAGUUUCUUGCCGACUUCUCCGACCUUCGCGCGUGGGUGUUGAGGACGGCGGCGAGGCGAGAGACGUCUGGCCAAUCGGCAGGAGGUGGGAAGGGGCUCGCUCUUGCAUCUCAAGCGGCACUGGAGCGAAUGGAUGACUUAAAUGAGCCCGAAGGCGUGAGCUUCGAUACGUUAAUCAGGAGCGACGAGGUUUCGGCGGCUGCGGCGUUCAGGGCUCACGCGAGGGCACUUGCUUCACGGCUGUCUGCUGAGGAGGAUGAGUUGGCUAAGAGCGCUGAACCGAUGACACCCGCGAUUUUGCACGCGCGCGCUUCUUGGUUCUACGCUCUCGCUGCACGUGUUGGCUUACCACUGGACGCUGAAACUUCUGCAUCGGUUCGGGCGUUGGCGAGGGCGCUCGCGAUGCGCCGGUCGAAGGUGACGAGCUCACGUGACCCGUCCCUGCCGCACAUCCAGGUUUGCCUGGCGGUCGCGGGCAAGUACUUCGGGCAGUUCAGCGAGGAGUGA